AUGGAGACGAGCGGCUCCUUGAUUUGGGUUUGUCAUAUAGAUACUGAACAAUGUGUUGGCAUAAGAAGUCCUUUUAACACUUACAGUCGGCGCAGCGUAUGGUUUCAGCGCAAGGCUAUCAUUAUCACAGCUAUUUUCCUCGCUCUGUUGAUCAUCUUGAUCAUAGGUCUUGCUGUGUUUCUUCGCGACAUUGGUGUUGGUGCAAGAUAUGACGACAGCGAUGAUGAAACACUUGACCUCGAUGACGAGGAAAAUGAGGAUCAUUGGGGCUCUCAUUCUCGUAUGUCCCAACGUAUUCGGCACCCGCACAAGCUCUUCCGUCGGCGGCUGCGACGCCGUGCUCGUGUAUCGAAUCGCGCACAUCGCCAUCUGCGGCCGUCUCGCCAUGCGUCUGAGAUGCAAGUAGACGUGUCCGCGCUGGAUCCACCUAUCCCACACGCUAUGCACUUGACCUCGCCAGUCCCACAAGAGCACGUCUCCGAUACCACGGCUUCUCCGCAGAGCGCUCUGGCUGACUCAUCUAGAACCAGAACGCCAUCGUCCGUUCGUUCUCCAUCCAGAUACCCCCGGACUAGCACAAAUAUCGAUCAAACUGACAUUGAUGCCGUGGACGCUUUACCGAUGGAUCCGUUCGCCACGGUUCCCCCAUGUUAUGGCACAGUAAAUGUUCGUGAACAACGCAUGCGUGAAAAGCUCCAUCCCAUGCAGUCUCUGAGUGAGUCAAGCUCAUCUUCUCGCAUCCACGAUCAGUGCGUGGAGAGCGCGCCGGAAACAAGUGCGUUAUGCGCACACAUUUCAACGGACGAAAAGUCGACGCUCGAGGCUUUGUACAACGCAUCUAGUGCGCCUGCGUUGAAUCUCACCACGAAUAACGAAGCGCUUGCGCCGCCAACUGCUCCUGAGUGGACUGAUCCGCAAGACAAUUCUCAUGUACAGCAGGGAUCCUCCCGCAGAAAUAUGCUUCCAGGGCCUCCUGUUUCAUUCGAGUCAAGAUAUGACUUGUAUGCGCCUUUGGCUUCCGAUACCAAAGCCCAAGAAGCUGAAGCAGAGCGUGCAGGCCUCGCCACAUUACUUCCAUCCAUGCCCGGCCUGCAUCCAACCGAUGCAUCGUACUUACCUGUGACAUACCUUCCUCAAUAUGACCAGCAUGCUUCCAAUGAAAGAGACGUGGCAGACCUAGAACUGGGUUUGCGAGCUCCAUCGCCAGCAAACACCGAGGAUGACAUGCUGCCACUACCAUCUGCUCCUAUCAUGCACGAUGUGUGA